AUGUACGAUAGAUGGAAUAUUUAUUUUAAUCUAUGCUCUGAACACAAAAUAGGUAUUUGUAAUGGAACAGCAAAAUAUGCAUGCCAAACAAAAUAUGAUUCUAAUUGGGAUAUUCAGGAUGUAAAUGAUUUAGGAAGUUUAAAUAAAACAAAUUUCAUGGAUGAUGGUGUUACAUUAACAUAUAGAGGUUAUAUAAGUCCCGAUUCCCCUAGAGGAUGGUGUUCAGAAGGUGCAUAUGAAAUAAGCUUUCUAAUUACCAAUUUUAAUUUAUUGUGUGAUAAAGGUGUUGACAAUGUUGAUGUAUCAGAGGCAAAAGAACCCAUUAGUUGUUAUUAUAAUGUUACUCUUAAAAGUAAAAAAAUUUGUCAAUGUCCAUCGGCACUGCAAUGUAGUCAACCACAUGGUAAAUGUGUUAAUUGUGAAUGUGUUUGUGAUCAAUCUUCAAGUGGAACAUUUUGUGAAAAUUUGAUAAUUACAAUUGAUUCUAUUGGAGAUCAUGUUUGUACAAAUAUCGAACAACUAAAUGAAAUAUUAAUUAAAUGCGAUGUUGGAAAGGGUUCUGGUUUUAAAUAUGUGAUUUCAAACGAUAGAGAUUUAACUGUACAUGUUAUGAAUUUAUUUCAAUACUUUAAACCAAUAACUAUAAACCCACAAAACAAUGUUGUAUGUAUUUCACCAUGGAUUGGAAAUGACUGUAAAUCUAAAAUUAUUUCAAUUCCUCAACCAUCAUUAAAUUAUUCGAAUCCAGUUACAGACAUACAAUUGAUUGAAAAUAAGGUAGAUACUAAACUAUUCCGUUCAUUGGUAUCAAUUGUUAAAUUAAGAGAAUUAGAUUUCCAGUCUAAACAAGUGAAUUCAUUUACAUUUAUAGAAUGGGAAUAUUAUAAAAUUAAUGAAUAA